CUCGGGAGCGGCUUUUAAGGCGGCGCGCAGCCGAGCGGCGGCCGUGGCGGUACGAUGCUCACCGACAGCCUGGUGGAGGAGUUUGAGAUCCGCGAGGAUGAGCCUUGGUACGACCAGCAGGACCUGCAGCAAGAUCUUCAUCUGGCUGCUGAGCUCGGAAAGACACUUUUGGACCGAAACACGGAGUUGGAAACCUCUCUGCAGCAGAUGUAUUCCACCAACCAGGAGCAAGUGCAGGAAAUAGAGUAUCUGACAAAGCAGGUGGAUUUUCUGCGUCAGAUGAAUGAUCAGCACGCCAAGGUCUAUGAGCAGCUUGACAUUACUGCUAGAGAACUGGAAGAUGCUAAUCAAAAACUGGUUGCUGAUAGUAGGUCUUCUCAGCAAAAAAUAGGAAGUCUCACGGAGACGAUUGAGAACCUCCAGAUUCAGAUUGAUGACCUGCAGAGGCAGGUGGAAGACCUGAAGGACUCUGGGCAAGGCCACGUGAAUUGUGAAAGACCCGAGCAGCCAAAAUCUGUCCAGAGUUUUCCAUGCCUGAAGGAACUGUAUGAUCUUCGCAAGUAUUUUGUAUAUGACCAUAUCUUUGCAGAAAAGAUUAUUUCUAUGGAUAGUCAGCUAAGUCCUGUAGAAGAGGAAAACCAGAAUUUGAAGAAGGCAGUGACUCUCUUGCAAACCCAGCUCAACUUGGAAAAAGAAAAGAGAUUGUCUAUGGAGGAAGAGUAUGGCUUUCUACUCAAAGAAAACACCGAUCUUGAGCAACAGCUGGUGGAUGUCAAUCUGUACCGGGCGAGAGUGGAGGAGCUCGAGGUAGAAGUAGCUGAAAUGAAGCAGCUCUUUCAUUCUGGAAACACAGGUGUGAAUGGGGUGGAACCACUUGCCCCAGACUCUUUUUUCAUUUCUCCUAAAGACCCCGUAGAAAGGGAACUCAGCCAAAGGCCUUUGGAUGGAAUGUCCUUCAUCGUUCCUGAACUUGAGAAAAGGGCACUCAAAAGAAGCAGCAGCGAGAACUUGCUUAGCAGCGCUGCAGGGGAGGACCUGUUCAAGGGCCACGAAGAGACCUGCAUCAGGCGGGCAGAGGCCGUGAAGCAACGGGGCAUUUCCCUGUUGAACGAGGUUGAUGCCCAAUAUAACGCCUUGAAGGUCAAGUAUGAAGAGCUGCUGCAGAAGUGUCAAAUGGACAAAGAGCUGUUGGACCACAAGGCUGUGCAGACCUCAAAACAGUAUUCCAAAGAUGUAACUGGAGGGAGCGUAUCCCCGGAGGCCCGUCUUAAGGAGCCUGCUUCCCCAAACGUGGAUUCAGCCAGCUUCUCUUCCAGCACUCCACCCGAAUAUAAACUUCUCUUCAAGGAAAUCUUUAGUUGCAUCAAGAAAACCAAAAAGGAAAUAGAUGAACACCGGGCAAAAUAUAAGUCUUUCUCUUCUCAACGUCCUUGAAGUGUAUUGGCAUAAUGGCGGGGCUAAAAAAAAAAUAAAAUCUUUUUCAAGAAGUAACCCUUCUAAUGUUCCUUAGGAAACAGGGUGUAGCAUGGCUGUAUUUGUCCAGGGAGCAGGUUGCCUGAUUUUCCAUAGAACAGGUUGGAUCCAUAUGAUUAGUUACGUGCAGUUGGAAUCCUGUUGGUUCCAUCUCACCAUGAACCAAG